UAUUGUUUAUUUUCCAGGAAGUUAUUUCGUACAAAAAAACGUCAUAUAUUGUGUUAUUCAGUUCAAUUAGUUUAUGGUAUUAGACAUUGUACCUAAUUUGAUAUAAUCCUUAAAAUACAGAAAACAGUUUCUGUAAACAAGGAGGUAAAGUUAGUCUAAAGACAUCAUGUCCGCUGGUAUCAGUUUACACAAGGACACACCCGGGUUCAAGGUCAUCCUCAGGGCUGUUCUCAAAGACCAGAUUCAACUCUUGGUACAGCAGUUGUCGACUCAUGGUGGAGAGGAAUCACUUCUCCUUACCUCGUGUAUUGAAGAUGGCUCGUUCAGUCACCUCUCAUCAAAGCGUGGCUCAAACUUUCUGGAGCGCAACGAGGAUGUACGGCUGAAAUUUCUCAACCACGUUGCCAGAGAUGGUUCAACUAAAAAACUUCCAAUCGUAACCUCACCAAGCAGUAAAAGAGACUCCAGCAACUGGCGAAUGAGGCUGGGGUUCUCUGGCUUCAACACUGGCAGCAGGAAAUCCCCAUACGAAAGAAGAACACAACGAAAAUCAUACAGGUCACAGAAGUCUCUUAACUCGAGGGAUUGUGCUCCAUUUACAAUACGAUCUCAGAGUGCGAAGAAUGCUGAGUUUACUUUUGAGACACAGAGCGGUUCCAUUAUUGAGCCGAAUGUGGACAAGUUGAUCGAUGGUCCAAUAGAGAAGGAAGAAGUUGAUGGUGCAAACAUUGCUGAAGACCAGGAGUAUGAUCCCAUGAUUUCUGGUACCAAUGAAGUUGAAGGAGAUGAUAAUGUCAAUGCGGUAGAAGCAGGGAACAGCGUGAUUGUAAAGGUUGAACGACUGGAUGGUUGUGUGGACGAUAAUUUACUGGAUACAAAUGACUACACUACAGCACCAGAGGUAAACAGCCCAGCCAGUGUAACCAGUUCGAGGGUUCAACUAGCCUGUCCUACGAGCACCAAGUCUGACACAGACUACACUAUAGCACCAGAGGUGGGCACUCCAGCCAGUGUGACCAGUUCGAGGGUUCAACAAGCCCGUCCUACGAGCACCAAGUCUGACACAGACUACACUUUAGCACCAGAGUCGGGCACCCCAGCCAGUGUUAACAGUCCCAGAAGUCAACAUGCUAGAUCUGCUAGCCCUAAGUCAGACACAGGAUUGAACAGCGUGGUGAACAAACGCAAGAAGGCUGUACCCACACGGAGGCCCCCUGGAGGGACGGCUUUCUACCCCAAGGAGUCACCCUUCAGUGUCGACACUCAAAGCAGUGAAGUCUUGAGCGACAGUAAGCUACGGGGAAAUCGCAACCGUUUAACUCUUAAAGAGCGAGUGGACUGCAUUAAGCUGCUAGAGAAAGGUCGAACUAGGAGAAGCCUUGCCAAGGAAUUUAAAUGUGGGAAGACCCAGAUAACUGCCUUGCUUAAGCGUAAGCGUGAGAUUCUAAAGGAAUACGAGGAAAAGGGUAACCAAAGUGCAAUGAGAAGACGAGGCCACACUGGAAAUGCAGAACUAAAUGAACUUGUGCAUUCAUGGUAUUUGGACGCUUGCACUGGUAAUGCGCCUGUUACCGGACCCAUAAUUCAGAACAAGGCCAAGAAGUUUGCUACUUAUUUAGGUCUCACAAAAUUUAAGGCCAGCAACGGGUGGCUGCAUUAUUUCCAGACUCGCCAUAACAUUGUCUUAAAAAAAAAAAAACGUGUCGAGCCCAGUGAAAGUGUGGAGCCCGGUGAAAGUGGUGAGCCCAGUGAAAGUGUGGGGCCCAGUGAAAGUGGUGUGGUCAGUGAAAAUGUUGAGCCCAGUGAAAAUGUUGAGCCCGAUGAAAGUGGUGGACCGGAUGAAAGUGGUGAGGUCAUUGAAUAUGUCAAGCCCAGUGAAAAUGUCAAGCCCAGAGAAAGUGUCGAGUCUGGUGAAAGUGUCGAGCCCGGUGAAAGUGGUGUACCGGAUGAAAGUGGUGAGGUCAGUGAAAAUUUCGAGCCCAGUGAAAAUGACAAGCCCAGUGAAAGUGUCAAGCCAGGUGAAAGUGUCGAGCCUGUUGAAAAUGGUAGACCGGAUGAAAUUGGUGGAUUACAGAUUGGAGUCAUCAAGGAAAUAUUUGAGUCAUCAUCUCAUAGUAUCAUUGACGAAGGUUUGGUCAUCAAAAGUGUGUAUGCCACACAGCAGAAAGGUGGGUAUCUUGGCCCAUCCACAAGCGAGAUUAAGCUAGAAUGUAGCACACCAAGAAACCGAAAGAGUUUGUUUGAUGCAUCAGGUGGCUUUUCUGCAUACAACUCUACUGCUGGGUUUAAUACCCCUUAUGGAACGCCUGCUUUAGGAAGAAAUGUUAGUCCCACUCCUCUCAAAACUCCAAAGAGUGACCAGCUUGGAAUUUUGAAUGAUCAAAGUGGUUCGAACCCUCGCUCAAGACAAGGGACUCCAAAUAGUGGUAUUUAUGGAGCUCAGAAUGAUCAGACCGAAACCCCCUUAGGUACCCAGCCACUUAGCAGCAGCAAUGCAGGGUCUUCUAAGGGUAAAAGCCAAACUCCACAGAUUGAUGGGUUGCUUGUGUCGCGAGGGGAAGGAAGGUAUGAAAAACUGAUCAAAUGUGAGUUAUGCAGUAAGGUGUGUCGCACAAGUAACAUGGCGAGACACAGGAAACAAUAUUGUGCAUAUUCUCCAGGUUUCUCCAAUAAGAAACCUUCAGGGUUUUCUGUUAAGCGACGUAGGAGGGAUGGGAUUGUCAAGAGUGAUAAUGAUGUUGAUGAUGAUUUUGGAAGUUUCGGAGAUGAGAAUGAUGAUAAUAGAGGUGGGAAGGGAAAGAGUAAAAGUUUGUCACCAUAUGAAGGUUUUAAUGAUGGAAGGGGAGCAGACAAUGUUAACAUGGACUUUGAAGAACCUAACGGAUCUGCGUAUGAGAAUAAUCAGGAGCUUCCAGUGCAUGGUAAAGAUGAUCUUUCUGACAUUCGCAAGGGAUUAUGGGGAAGUGGUUCUGGUGGUAAUGCUGAUGACAAUACUCAGAAUGGUGCUAUGUACAGCUCUGAUAAUCAGGGUGGCUCCAGUGCCUCUUAUGUUGAGACAAGCUUUAAAAACCAGAAUAACAAUAAUGGUGGAUUUACUGCUGAUCAGGGUGAUCCAGAUGCCUACUCAGGUCUUUUCAAGCCUCUCGUCAAACCAGAGUAUGAUUGAGGAAUGUGAUUGGUUGAAAUGGUAUAUUUUUGAAAUUGGUUUUUUAUUACAUGUACCGUCAAUACAGGUUAGCAUGGUGUGUACAUACAAUUACAUGCUUGCAGUUUUGUUUGGAGAUUGUAUAGACUUAUACAAAUAUACUGGUAGCUUUGUAAGUUAGAUUGAAUCUCUUGCAUAGAUUAUAAUUUUCAUCACUAUUUGCAAUAAAUGAUGCUGUAAUAUUUUGCUUUACAUUUAUUCUUUAUCAUCAUUGUGAAUAUUAAAAUCUAUUAGUGUUCAAAAUUAUAUGUCUUCCACUAGGAUGGCAGUAUUUUUCAAAAUUCCCACUAAUUACAUUUAUAUUUGGUUAAGAAGUCAGUCAUAUUUUCUUUACUUGAUUUUUUUAUCAUGUUGAUAAUAGAACAAAAUGCCUUAAAACAAUAAUUAUGUUCAAUGUUUUUGUGAGUUUUUCCUGAACAAGCCUUAAAGCUACGACUAUGAUCAAAGUAUUUGUGAGAUUUCCUUGAACCAGGCUUUAGACUAUAAUUAUGAUCAAUGUAUUUGUAAGAUUUUCUUCAACAAGCUUGAAAACUAUAAUUACCGGUAUGUUCAAUGUAUUUUGUGAGCAUUUUUCUUCAACGAGCCUGAAAACUAUUAUUAUGAUGAAUGUAUUUUGUGAGCAUUUCUUCAACAAUCUGAAAACUAUAAUUAUGUUUAAUGUAUUUUGUGGGCAUUUCUUCAACAAGCCUGAAUCCUAAAAAUAUGUUCAAUGUAUUUUGUGAGAUUUUCUUGAACAAGCCUGAAAACUAUAAUCAUGUUUAUAAUGUAUUUGUAAGAUUUUCUUGAACAAGCCUGAAAACUAUAAUCAUGUUUAUAAUGUAUUUGUAAGAUUUUCUUGAACAAGCCUGAAAACUACAAUCAUGUUUAUAAUGUAUUUGUAAUAUUUUCUUGAACAAGCCUGAAAACUACAAUCAUGUUUAUAAUGUAUUUGUAAGAUUUUCUUGAAAAAGCCUGAAAACUACAAUCAUGUUUAUAAUGUAUUUGUAAGAUUUUCUUGAACAAGCCUGAAAACUAUAAUCAUUUUUAUAAUGUAUUUGUGAGAUUUUCUUGAACAAGCCUGAAAACUAUAAUCAUGUUUAAUGUAUUUUGUGAGAUUUUCUUGAACAAGCCUGAAAACUAUAAUUAUGUUUAAUGUAUUAUGUGAGAUUUCCUUGAACAAGCUUGAAAACUAUAAUAAUGUUUAAUGUAUUUUGUGAGAAUUUCUUGAACAAGUCUGAAAACUAUAAUCAUGUUUAUAAUGUAUUUGUAAGAUUUUCUUGAACAAGCCUGAAAACUAUAAUCAUGUUUAUAAUGUAUUUGUAAGAUUUUCUUGAACAAGCCUGAAAACUAUAAUCGUGUUUACAAUGUAUUUGUGAGACUUUCUUGAACAAGUUUUACUUUUUAAUGAUGUUGAUGCUGAACACUGUUGUUUUUCUUAUGUGUUUUUAUAUUACAUUUAUUUCUGUACUUAGAGGUAAUUAACCAUAUUUAAUAAUUGAUUCAUAAAUGUGGCCAAACUGAACCAAAUAAAAAUAUAGAUUGUUUUUUUAAAAGACAAUUUGUUACAAGAAAUUCAGCCAUCUUGAUGGAUAGCUGCAGUUUUACAUCCUCUGACUUGUGUUUGAAGCCCUAUUUGUUGUUUUGUUCAGAUUUAUUGUAUCUGUCAAUCUAAUCAAUCAUUUGAUUUUAAAUAAGUAUAGCAAUAAAAGAAUUUUAAUGAGGACUAACUACCGGUAAUUUUGGUAAAAAUAAACCUUGCUUUAGGGGCACAAGGCAAAAGGCCCAAACAACAAUGAACUAGAGACACAAACAUACAGUACUAACACUACAUACACAAAUACAAACACCACAAACAAACCACACUCUAAUCAAAAUUGCUUUACCGAUAAAUGAUUGGAUUACUGCCUUGGAACUGUCAGUGAACCUUGAGUCCACUGCAACACCAGUCUGCGGGGGGCUUAAACUAGUUAGCAUGGCUAUUUCUUGCAUACCGGACGUGUGUUUCCGGUCAUGUGCUGGAGUCACGAACAACAACGUGCCACUUCUUAUUUCUUUUAUUGUAAGACUUAUGAAAAGUAUAUAAUGCCAUUUCAAUUAAGCGCAAUCAAAUAUAUAUGUUAGCAAUACUUUUAAUUAAAAUUGAAAAUAAAUAAUCGUAAAAAAGGCUGUUUUUAGUUAUUUAUAAUUACUGCGCUCUAUGACGUCAGUAAACAAUGUCGCACGCACUUUUUGGUGUAAUUUUUCUACCCGUACCAGAAGCACAUGAAAGAUACUUAUAAUCCACACACUGUUCCAUCACUUAUCUUUAAUUACUAAUCAUAAUGCAGCCAUUAUAGGCCGCGUGCCAACCUUAAAUAUACACUCAAUAACAACUAUAUUGCUGGAAUUUUGAUCAUGGAGCUAAUUGUGCCUUGUACAGUGAAGACUAAUGUAUACACUGCUUUCAUUAGGUAAAGAAGAUGAACCAAUAUCAGGGAGUUUGGUUAGUGGUCACCAAGCCGGACAAGUGGAUUUCCUUCGGCUACUCAGGUUUGCCCCUUAACACAAACCAGACUCUCGCAGAUAAUCGUGCCAACGAGAGUGAUUAAUAUAAUGUUGUAAUAACUUGUUUCACAAUCGUUGUAAAAAAGUUUGUUAUUGGUGCAAUUUGUCUUUAAGUGAGAAAGCAUCGUGUUUGGUUUAAUAAAAACAUGAAAAUGGGGAGAACGUGAUAGAUUUACAUUCCAAUUAUUUCUUUUCAAGUUGAAAAGGGCGAGAGUGGUCUAGUGGUGUCCGCCUCUCACCCAAGAGGUUGUGGUUUUGAUCCCCACCAGGGGUACUUUCUCAUGACCUCUCAAAAAGGAAACCGUACUGGUUUCUGCCCAGGAAAUGGACUCACGAGUGAUCUUGUCAGCUUUCAUCACUAUCAAGCUAAAAUUAAAAAAAAUAUUCUGUUUGUUUAGGUAAUUUCAUAAAAUAUCACAUUUUUUUACACCAUUACCCGGUAUUUACUCACCAAAAAGCAAUGGUAAUUUAUACCCAAAAAUAAUCAAAGUGACUGUGAUUGUUUAUAUAUCUAUGCGAAUCAUGUUUGUUAUAGAACAUAAGGUGGUAUUUUGUAUAUAUUUUUGAUUAUAAUUUUUUUGUAUGUUGUACAUUUUAUAUAAAUACUAAUUGUUUAAAGGGACUUGACCUUGACCUUGACCUUGAUUGUGCCAGACAUUGAAUUAAAGUAAUUUUGUGUGAAAUAUAAAAAUAAUGAUAAAACAAAAUUUAUAAUGAGAACCAUUAUUUAAAAAUAUAGCAGAAAAUGCUCUAUUUAACAAAAAAGCAUUAACAAAAAAUACUUUUGAAAAUGGAAUAGCUUUAGGCAUCGAUUUACAAAAAUCUGUACAAUAGAAUAUUUCCAGUUUCUGUUCGUGUUCCAUUCAUAAAAGUAAGCAAAAUAACUCAUAUUUGAACAAAGUUUGAAAAAAUUGUUGCAAAAAUGAAGUCUGUGUACAAGUCCCUUUAAGUUUUCUACCAAAUGAAUGGUAGUGAUAUGUUGAAAUGAACCUUUAUAUGAUGUUUGAUAAUGUUAACUUGUGGUAGGGGUUUUAAAUGUAUGGUAAGUUUGAUUAUUUGCAAUAUUCAAUAAUCUACAUUGAUACACUUGAACGUGAUAAGACAUGCAGAGAUGUUCUUCUGUGCUUAAAUAAGCUUAUUUUUAAACAUGAUUAGUUGUUAUGCUUUGCUUAAAUGUAUGUUUAAACAUCAUUGUUUCUAGCCAUGUUUUUCGACACCACAAUUAAACAUGAUUAACUGUCUUUUUUGCCUUGCUUAAGUAUGUUUGAACAUGACUUUUUUUCUAGCUUUAUUUUCCACAUCACAAUAAAACGUGAUUAGUUGUUUAAACGUGAUUAGUUGUUUAAAAGUUGUUUAAACGUGAUUAGUUGUUUAAACGUGAUUAGUUGUUUUGCUUUGCUUAAGUGUAUGUUUUAACAGAAUUUUUUUCCAACCAUGAUUUUUACAUCAUGUUUAAACAUUGGUUGUUUUGUUCUGCUUAUGGUAUAUGAAAUAAAAAAAAGCUUUUCAAUUUAUUAAUAACAUUGGCUGUUUUGGGGGUAUAAUAUAUAUAAAUAUAUGUAUGUUACAUAUUAUUUCGUUACACAUAAGCCCUUUCAAAUGAUAACAAAAUAACAUGUCUUCACCAAGGAUCCAUAAUGACAUAACUGUAUAUAGGAUACCUUAUAUGGUUAUCAUUUUACUUGGCUUUUUUCAUGAUUUGUUUGUUAUUUUAAAUAGUUGUGUAGCUUUAAUUUUGCUUAUACAUGUUAAAUCAUGGUUGUUAUGUAGCCUUUAUUACAUAUGAGAGCCUGAUUUGCCAUUCAACUGUGCUGUUACUGCUUGUGACAUAACUUUUAGCUAGUGAAAGAAUAUUGAUAGCCUUUGUGUCCUUGGUAUGGCACCAUCAUUUCAGAUCUUUAACCUUGGCCAUAACUGAGAAAAAAAAUGAAAUGUGUUCACACAAACCUUAGUUCUGUUUGCAAGAUACGACACACACGCACACACACACAUGUAUAAAGGCUCAUAACUCUUGCUUAAAGAUGCACUAUUACUCAUAAAUAAGAUUUACCAUAUUUAAUACAAUUGUAUUAAUUUGCCAAAAAAGAUUGAUAAAUGUCGAAAACAAUGGUUCUUACGAAGGAUACAGUGUUUAAUUUAAAAUAAAUGUGCAGAAAACAUGGUAUUUCUAUCUUGUGAGAGGAUAGAAGAUCCUGGUAAAUCUUUUAGCAAUCACCAAUCAUUUUAUAAUUUGUGUUUUCAGCUAUUAAAUACACGGUUAUAAACGUUCUAUCAGUUAUUAAUAUUCUACAUAUAUGCAUUCUUUAGUAAGUAGUUUAAGGUUAUCACUCAAACUUUAUGUUUGUUGUACAUGUGUAUGUAUUGAUUUUGAAUAAGAGUAUCACUUUAAAUCAUUGUGAAGUAAUGCCUCUUUAUGGGCUUAUCAGUAGAAAAACACAGAUGAUUGCAAGGCAUAUAUUCAAUGAUAACAAUUCUAGAUUAGCAUAAGAGUAACUUGAAUUUGGAAAAUGUUUAUGUAUACUUUUGGUGUUGCUUUUAUGGACUUUUUUCUGUCAGUUUUGAGUUUGAAUGUGUUUAUUUCGAAAAAAAGAUGUAAAGAAGUAUUGUAAUUGCCUCAAUGUAUCAAUGUUUGCAUAGUUGUAAAUUAAAAAAACUAAUAACUAUAGAAAAAAAAAUUGAAAGAUAUGCAAAUGAAACUAGGUUCAAAUAUUGCCAUAUACAAUACAUACAUGUACUGCAAGGCCCUUAACUGUAGAUUUAAUACGUCUAGAGGUGCUUGUAUGCCCCUUAGUGACUUUUAAAUAGCAGAAAAGCAGUCACUCUUGGCGCUACUGUUGAUUUGUACAAUCUAGACUGGAACUGUUAUGUAAGAAUCGUUACCUUUUUAUACAUUAAGAUAAUGAUGAUAUUUACUGUGAGCUGUGGCUCUGUCAGGGAAGUUAAUACAUGUAAGUGCCUAAGUGAUGAUUGGGGAGUUGCUUUAUCAAGGUUCAUAGGAGCGAUUUACUACCUAGGCUGGAGCAUUAUUAAAUUCUUAAAUCAACUCGCUCUCAGGAAUUUUGAUGAAACAACCACAACCACCCAUAUCCCCACCCCUACCCCUCUCCACCCCUCUCUCCACCCCUAUCCAUCAUCAACCCUCUCCCCAAUAGUCUCCCCCCCUUCCCUCCCCCACUCCUCUCCCCACACCUCACCCCACCUCUCUUCCCCACCCCUGAUAAAAUUGCGUCUGAAAAUAGUUUGGGCAAUUGUACAUUGAUAAACAACGAUGUUUUACGUUACAGUGUUUGCGAUACAAUGUAUAUACUGGUGUGUAUUGAUUCCAUGUAUCAUGAAGCAUGUUUCAUUAUUUUUGAUUGACACAAAUCUGCAACUUUAUAUCAUUGGUGAAUAAAUAUUAACAUUUG